AUGUCUGAAUUUCUCGGCCACAGGUCUCGCAUCUCCCUUAUUUCCAAAAGCGACAUUCGCUACGUUGGUACGCUUCAUGAAAUCAACUCGGACGAGUCGACAGUAUCACUUGAAAAUGUGAGGUCAUUCGGUACCGAGGGUCGCAAGGGCCGACCCGAAGAAGAGAUCGCUCCCUCCGAUCAAGUCUACGAGUACAUCGUGUUCCGCGGCAGCGACGUAAAAGACUUGCGGAUUGAGGACCAUCCCAAUAUCAAGGAGAAUAAGCCUCCAGCUGUGCCUGAUGAUCCAGCCAUCGUUGGCGCUGCGCGUCCUGGUGCCCAAGGACCUAACCCCAAUGCUCCACCAGGUCCUGGUGCAUUCGGUCAAGGUCCCUACCCACCUAAUAACUUCUACGGAGGUCCACCACCUGGUAACUGGGGUCGCGGUGGUGCUCCUGGACCUGGCCCAGGUCCAGGUCCAGGUCCCAAUUUCGGAAACAUGCCUUAUCCCCCUCCUCCUGGCUGGUUUCCUCCUGGCCAAGGUUUCCCAGGUGGUCCUGGUGGACCGAACCCUCCCGGUGGCCCUGGACCAUGGGCCAACUACCCUUUCCCUCCAGGCCCUGGUGGUCCUGGGGUUCCCGGUCCCAAUGCACCCGCUGAGGUUCCUGCCAACCAACGAGCAACUCCUAGCUCUGGUCCCUCUCGAGAUGCAAAGCCGGCUCCCAUUGGCCCUGGCGCGGAUCGGCCCAAGGCCGCUACUCCUACCGGACAGGCACCCCCUACAGAGCCUAAGUCACUUGCCCAAGGUGUGCGACAACCUUCACAUGCCCCAACACCCCCUAUCGAUUCGAAACCAUCAGUCGAAGAGGUUAAGCAAACCGCCGCUAGUCUGACAGCCAACGGACAAGCAAAGGCCGAAGAAAUCAACAAAGCCACACCUACUGGACCCAGAAACCAUAGGGUUAACCCCGUAAUCCCUCUGACCGGAUCCACUGCCAAGCCAUUUUCCCUACCAGGUGUCGGAGGAGAUGCUGCUGGUAAGGCACCGGUUGCUGUUGCUCCGACCAAUGUUCAGGAUGCCACCAGUGCUGCCCGAGCCGCCGUCGCCGUCGCCAUGGCCCAACUGGGUAACAAUAGCGGCAACGCCAUGGACAACCUGACCAACAAGGUGAAUGAAAUGCGAGUUAAUGCCGUUCGGGGCGGGCCGGCUGGUCGAGGCCGAGGCCGCGGUGGACGUCCAGCUGCUGCCACCAAGGUUGUUGUCCCUGAGUCCGACUUCGACUUCGCCCAGUCCAAUGCCAAAUUCAACAAGCAAGAUGCAGUCAAGGAGGCCAUUGCUGGAUCUCCGUUGGAGGCACCCGAAAACCCUGCUGUCACUGAGCAUCCUGAGGUCGCGACCACUGGUGAAGACGUUCCUGUUGCCUACAACAAGACGAGGUCAUUCUUUGACAACAUCUCCAGCGAAUCCAGGGAGCGAGCUGAGAAUGGAGGUCAGAAGCCUGGCGGUCGCGAAUGGAGAGGCGAGGAGCAGCGCAAGAAUAUGGAGACAUUUGGGCAAGGGAGUGUUGACGGCGGUUACCGUAACUACCGUGGUCGCGGUCGUGGUCGAGGCCGUGGUGGUCGUGGCUAUGGUCGUGGCGGACGAGGUGGAAAUCGCCCUCAGUACCAAAAUGCGCCUGCCCAACAAUAA